AUGAAAACCCUCAUGGCCACUGGUCAUGCGGCUUGUCAUCAUACCACCGGCGGCGGACGGCUCCGUAUAAUUGUGGUUAUGGCUUCAGUGGUGUGUGUGCGCACGAAUAUGUCGCUCCGUCUACUGAUCUUGACCGUCGCCAUCGCGGGGGCUCUCGGUGACCCGAUUCCCGACGUAGAGGAUUGCGGAUCCAAGUCUGGCAGUUUUGAUGAGGUGGAGGUUAUCCCCUGUGACACCAAACCCUGCACUCUGUACAAGGGCUCCCACGCCAAUUUGACUAUUAAGUUCAAAGCAGUACUGCCGCGGGUGUGCGUAUCGAGUAAUCUCGUCUACGAAUCCACUGCAUCUGGGUAUCUUCUGCCCUCUCUGCAGACGGUACCCGAGAAGCUUCGAGUAGCAAUCUGGAAGAAAGACUGA